ACACACACACACACACGUUCUUUUGAAUUUCCUAUUGCUCAAAGAAUUCCUCAGUUGUUAAUGAUUUGUUUCUUAUUCAACAGCUGUGGUUACACUCCUUAAUGAUAGCGUACCCAAGGGACGAUCUUUAUUUGUUCCCAUUACUGGAAAUGAAAACUGUAAGAAGCCCUCAUUCAAGAGCAUCUACUACACCACUCUGCAGUUAUUCAAGUUUACGAUAGGCAUGGGAGAUCUGGAGUUCACCGAUCAGUUUCAGUAUAUAGAGGUCUUCUAUGUGCUGCUAAUAUUGUAUAUAGUGAUGACUUACAUUUUGAUGCUGAACAUGGUGAUCGCUCUGAUGAAUCAAAGAGUGGAGGAGAUGUCUGUAGAGAGCACCAGCAUCUGGAAACUACAGCGUGCAAUCACCACCUUGGACAUGGAGUGGAUUCUUCCCCGCUGUCUGAAGACAAAGCUGCGCUCCGGGGAAGAGAAGGAUCUAGGCGGGGAGCAGGAGCCUGAUCGACGCUGGUGCUUCAGUGUGGAGGAAGUCAACUGGAACCUGUGGAACAGAAACCUUGGUGUAGUUACCGAGGAUCCUGGGAAAUGUAUACCUGUACCAUCCCCAACUAAACUUCAGAGAGAGUCGAGCCGGCGUGGACUCCUGCAAACGUUCAGUAAACGGUGGACGCCGAGACCAAAACGCAAAGAUGUACAGGAGCUGAGUCCUCUAGCAGAGGCCUCUAGCUCCGUAUAAUAAUGCCUUUAUAAUCUGUUAUCUUUUGCAAUGUCAGUCC